GAGGAAGAGAACGGUGUUUCUCUUCCCUCGGGGGUCCAGGCCUGGCUGUCACGGUUAGGGUACCCUGACCAACGAGUAAAGGCGCCUGGAGAUGGCUGCUUAUGUUGAGGACCCUGUUGGCAUCUGGAGGUGGUUGUCGCUGGUCACUUGGGCACUCUUGGUGCUGCUGUGGAGUAGUUAAGAGGGCUUUGAGCUCGCUGAAACUUGAACCCUGCCACAACCCAACAAUACCCUGAAGCGCACGGGAAGGUAGUUGGCAUCCCCUAAGGAUGGAUAAAUUCGUCAUUCGAACGCCUAGAAUCCAGAAUAGCCCACAGAAGAAAAAUCCUGGAGGAAAGAUUUACAAGCAGGCCACAAUUGAAUCUCUGAAGAGAGUUGUGGUCAUAGAAGACAUAAAAAGAUGGAAAAGUAUGUUGGAGCUUCCUGAUCAAACCAAAGAGAACCUGGUCGAAGCCUUACGAGAAUUAAAGAAGAAAAUACCCUCCAGGGAAGUGUUAAAAUCAACAAGGAUAGGUCACACGGUGAACAAGAUGCGUAAGCACUCAGAUUCAGAGGUGGCUUGUCUUGCCAAAGAAGUUUACACUGAGUGGAAAACUUCCAUUGAAAAACAUUUGGAUAGACCGUCUAUUGAAGUCCAAAGUGAUCCCAAAACAGAAUUAUUUAGGAAAAAUGCCCAGAAAUUACUCUCAGAAGCCUUGGGAUUGAAGAUGGAUCACCUACUGGUUGAAAAUAUUGAACGGGAAACGUUUCAUCUCUGCUCUCGCCUCAUUAAUGGGCCAUACCGGCGGAUGGUGAGAGCUCUGGUCUUCACAUUAAAGCACAGAGCUGAAAUCCGGGAUCAGACACACGUUUCCCGAGUCUCCAGUAAUGUUUCCUAUGUAUCGUAUGGACAUCUCCAGUGUGACAUGCCUUUCCUCAGUUCGCAGUCUCACAAUCCAGGCACUCCAGGCAGAAGACAUGAGACCAGGAACCAAGCCUGGAAAGCAGCAGAGCCUCAAUCUCACACUCCUGGGGAGCUUCUUGGGGAUGUGUGCUUCCUAUCCCCACAGCCAUGGGCUCUUCAGGUUUAGAAGUCCUGGAUCCAAAAGGGGGAACUCUUCCAUUGGGUGACAUGUCAAGAUGGCUAUGGGACUUUUACCGGAGAUUCCACCCAGGCACUUUGAACUCCUUGUAUCAAGGGAUCAGCAGGCAAGACAGCAGUCGCCAUUCUUUCUGACCAUCAGGCUGCUAAGUGGUUAUAUCUUUGGCACCCAGUUUAUCCACUUGAUGAUCUCUUGGUAUUCUCUUGCCCUGUACUGUACUUACAAAAUAGACAAGUUCAGGGGCCAUGGCCUGAGCAGGGUAUCAGAUCCCUCGGGGUAGAGGGUCUCUACAGCCUGCCUCAGGUAAAUCACUGAGAGCAGACAAGGUGCAAGUCGAGGGUAAGGGCCAUCCAGCCUGGAUAGAACAGGGAGACCAUGAGUAUAAUUGUGCCUCAAGAGCAGUCACCAUGGUGGAGGUUGAAGUUUGACUCACUAACUUCCCUCUGUAAGUUUCUCCCAGGAAAAGAGGACCGGCAGAACUUAAACCAAGAAGUAGAGCUACAAGUUGGGUAUCUAUAGUCUCAGCUACUUGGGAGGCUGAAAUAGGAGUAUCAUGAGUUUGAGGCCAGCCUGGGAAAAAUAGUGAAAGCAGUUUGGAAGGAAGGGUUGGAGAGAAGGAGGGAGGGAGGAGAGAGGAACAGAGUCGCACAGUGUGUGAGAUGUAGCGGCUGCUGUCCUGUCCUGCCCAGACCCCUGCUGCCGUGCUGAUGGGUCUCUUCCCCCACAACUGGGAGUGCUGUCAGUCCUCCUGAGAAUGUCCUUCACAGCAGCGUGAGUUCCCCCAAGAACACAGCCCUCUCCUGGGGCAGGUCAGUGCAGGCUUUAAAGCCCUGGCCCCACUGCCCCAACUCAGUCCACCUCUGAAGGGCCACGCCAGCUUGAGAGCUCCCGUGGGGUUGGCUGAGGUCUUCAUACUGCAUUGCAACCCAGUUAUCUCUCUUUUUAUUCUUUCCCUGCCCCUUUCCCUAGCACAAUCCCUAAUAAAUUUCCACGUGCUAAUUUCCUUCUCAGAGUCAGGAAACAGGACAUGGUAGCAACUCUAAGGCAGGGGUCAGCAGACUUUACAAAUGGGAUGGACAGUACAUAUGUUAGGCUUUGUGGACCAUAUGGUCCCUGUUACAACUCCUCUGCUGUGUAGUGCAAAAAACAGUCAUGGAUGAUAGGUAGGUGAAUGAAUGAAUAUGACUGUGUCCUAAUAAAACUUUAUUUGUAAAAACAUUGCAUUUGGUGGGUCUUAGUUUGCUAACCCUGUCUCUAGAGAACCCUUUGACAUGUGCACAAAGAAGGCAUUUACAGAUAUUUUAACUGCAGUACAGUUUGUAACAGCAAAAUUUAAGAAACAACCUAAAUGUAUGCUAGAAAAAGAAUGGUUAAAUAAAUCGUAGUCCAUCCGAAUUUUGGAACACUAUGUACGGAUGAAAGAGAUGUGUUUAUGUCUACAUCAAAGCACUUGUAUAAUCGCAUGUAUAAUUUUGAGCCCAGUGCCCAAAAUAUU